GUCAUAGUCAUUCAAUAUGGCAGACCAUGAAUUAGAUGCACUGGAAGAAAGAUUAGAUUUUAUUGAAAACAUAGUAUUUAGCAAUUCAGAGAAAGAUGCCUUUUAUCCCAAGGACAAAAAGAGUUCUUCCGUGCAGUGCAUAGACAAACUAGCCAACAUUAUGGAAAAGAUUUCCACAGCAACAAAGAACAAGAAAAGAAUAACUGAGAUUUACAAAAAAUCUAGAGAUCUGCACAAGUUUUUGGACCCUGCCUACACAGAUGAGAUGACCAUGAGUGAAGAGGCCAUGGAGGAGGUCAUCAUGGCAGAGGAGGAAUAUUUGAGGGACCAAGCUAAAAACUUAGAAACAAUGGAGGAAUUAAAACCAACUUUAGACAGUGAGCAUCUGAAAGCAACACCUCAAUAUACAGAGAAGUUUGAGGCGUUGAGUCAGAUUCAAAUUACACAACAGGAUCAAACUGCCGACCUCACAGAAGAAGCAAGAAGGUUGUUGGCAACAUAUAAUAAUAUUAUAACUCUAGUAUCUCGACAGUUUGUACAAUGGGAUGAGACGCUAACAAAAAUGGAGGCCAAGAAGAUAAAGUCCAAGAACUGAGGACUAAAACUGCGACCAGGAAGUGAAACUAGUGCAAUAUCUUUUGAAACUUAAUGUCUAAAAAUCUAACUGUGACUGUUCAGUUAAAAGAAUAUAUAUAUAUAUAUAUAUAAUUACAUGUAACAGUUAAAGUAGGGUGGUUUUUAGUUUGCUUGAUAUUAUGGAUAAAAUAAUAAAAAAAGUUAAGU